AUUUGUUUUGAGCUGAGGUGGAUAUUAGAUUUGGCCAAAGUUUCAGGGGUGUUCUGUGACAAACUUUCUAUUAACUUUAAGAUGCCUUCUCUUGGUCAGUCGUCGUCGUCUUCAUCGACUUUUCCCGACUUCAAUUCCACUGCUCCGUCGCCGGCGUAGAUCAACGAUAUACUUCUAUACGAUCAUCUAUAUGGCUAUAGUGACCAGCUUCAUCUCGUUACUAUUUGUCGUUUUGAUUUCUGUUUCCGGGGCUGCUAGUAACGACGGCGAUUUCCGCGGUGCUGUUUUCGGCGUGAAUUCCAAAUUCUCUGGCAAAGAACGCUCACUUAGUCUUUUCAAAGCUCACGAUAACCUUCGUCAUCUUCAGAUUCUAGCAUCUGGUGUCGACCUACCUCUCGGUGGAACCGGUCGUCCUGAUGCCGUUGGGCUUUACUAUGCCAAAAUUGGAAUUGGAACACCACCAAAGGAAUAUUAUGUGCAAGUAGAUACAGGAAGUGAUAUAAUGUGGAUCAACUGUAUACAAUGCCGAGAGUGCCCCAAGAGAGGCUAUCACGGGCUGGAACUUACACUAUACGAUCCAGAAGAUUCAUUCACAGGGAAAUUGGUUACAUGCUCUCAAGAUUUUUGUGCAGAGAUCAAUGGUGGUGCAGUUACUGGUUGCAAGGCUAAUGCAUCUUGUCUAUAUACAGAGACUUAUGGUGAUGGGAGCUACAGUAUUGGUUACUUUGUAAUGGAUGUUGUCCAGUAUGACAGUAUCUCAGGUGAUUUGGAAACUAAGCUGGCAAAUGGAAGUGUCAUAUUUGGGUGUGGUGCUAGACAAUCUGGGAAUCUAGGUUCAUCUGAGGAUGCACUUGAUGGGAUUCUUGGAUUUGGAAAAUCAAAUUCAUCAAUCAUUUCACAGUUGGCUUCAUCUGGAAAAGUGAAAAAGAUGUUUGCUCAUUGUCUAGAUGGUGACAAUGGUGGUGGUAUUUUUGCAAUUGGUCAUGUUGUUCAACCCAAAGUCAACUCAACACCUUUGAUCCCAGAUCAGCCUCAUUAUGCUGCAAAUUUGAUGGGAAUUGAAGUUGGAAACCAAUUUCUAAAUAUUUCAACAAAUACAAAUGGUUCUGGGGACAAAAGAAGAACAAUAAUAGAUAGUGGUACAACAUUGGCUUAUCUUCCUGAUGCAAUCUACAAGCCCUUGGUCAACGAGAUAGUCAUAGCGCAGCCUGAUUUGAAACUACAUACCCUUCAUGACCAGUAUACAUGCUUUGAAUUCUCCAGAAGUGUUGAUGAUGGAUUUCCUCCAGUUACAUUCUAUUUUGAAAAUUCACUUUCCUUGAAGGUUUAUCCACAUGAUUACUUAUUCGCCUUUGAAGAUUACUUGUGUUUUGGCUGGCAAAAUAAUGGUAUGGAUUCUCUUAGCUCAUCAGACACACUUGUACUUGGAGAUUUGGUCCUAUCAAAUAAGCUUGUGUUAUAUGAUCUUGAAAAUCAAACAAUUGGAUGGACUGAGUAUAAUUGUUCUUCAAGCAUUAAACUAAGGGAUGAAAUUACUGGAUCAGUGCAUUUAGUAGGUCCUCAUUCUAUAUCAUCUACUUCAAGUCUUAUUCCUCAUAGAUAUUUGAUAUCACUUUUAGUGAUUGCUUUAUUUUUACAAUUAUAAACCUUGAUUCCUGAAAUACCCCUAAAGGUAGUAGUCAUAUUAUCAUAUAUAUACAUACAAUACUAAAGGAUUAUUAGGCAACCAUAACACACGGAUUAAUUCCAUCAACUUGUCUGGUAGUUUGUCAGCGAACGAUAAACUAAAGGGUAAUUUUGUAAAUAAAUUUUUACGAUGUGUAUCUGAUUUCUGCAAAAUCCGUAAAGGAUUUUUCAGUCUUUUUGCUUUCAAUUUCAACUUAAGAUUGUAUUUUGGACUCUCA